ACCUAGGAGUCUGCAUUCAGUCUGAGCUCAGGCAGAUAAGCAUAUUAGAAACAACAGCACCUCCCAUCUAUCACCACAGAACAGGCUGGCAUUUUAUUUCCACCAUGGAUUGAGGGGUUAAGCUUAGAUAAUUUAGAGAUCAGACCUACCUUUCUUUUUCUUUUUUUACUGGCCAUUCUUCUUGUGCUGGAAAUAUAAGAUUUUAAAUGGGAAGUUGAUAGCUUCUUCUGCCAGCCUGAAAGGAAGAUUCCCUCAACUCCUAGAGGACGCAGGUGGCUGAGCAGGAACAGAAAACUGUCUGCAUGUCUUGAUCUCCGGGCCACCUGUAACCUUGUUCUUUGGUGCCGCGAUUCUGUUCCCAAUGGGAGGGAUAUGUGUGCAUGCGGGAGAUACUUCAACAAGGGGUGUAGCUUGGACAGCCUAGAUGAACUCCUGAGUGCCCUGGAACAAGCUGAGCAAAAUUCGUGCCAGGCCAUGGAUGACCCCAGGAUGGAGUCAGAAGGCAGAAUCAACAAGACGAUCUCUUCUUUAACGAGCCAUAAAAGGAACUUGACAUAUUCGCCCUACUACCAGCACUCCCUGCCUGUUGCCGCUAUCUAUAUAAUCUCCUACUUGUUUAUCUUUGCCUUGUGCAUGGUUGGGAACAGUCUUGUUUGCUUCAUUGUGCUGAAGAACAGCCGGAUGAGAACAGUGACCAACCUCUUUAUCCUCAACCUAGCCAUCAGCGACCUGCUGGUUGGGAUUUUUUGUGUGCCCACCACACUCGUGGACAAUUUAAUCACAGGUUGGCCCUUCAGCAAUGGAAUCUGCAAGAUGAGUGGGCUGGUUCAGGGUAUGUCUGUGUCCGCGUCUGUUUUCACGCUGGUGGCGAUUGCGGUGGACAGGUUCCGAUGCAUCAUUUACCCCUUUAAAUCCAAGCUCAGCCUGCUCAAGGCCCUGAACACCAUUGCGGUCAUCUGGGUCCUGGCCAUCACCAUCAUGUGCCCUUCUGCUGUCAUGCUCACAGUGGUGGAGAUUGAGGAUCACUACAUGGUGUACAAUGACAACCAGAGCCUGGCUUACCCCUUGUAUUCCUGCUACGAGGCCUGGCCCAACAGCGAGAUGCGCAAGGUCUACACCACUGUCCUUUUUGCCCACAUCUACGUGGCCCCAUUGGCCCUCAUCAUGGUCAUGUACAGUAGGAUCGGCAUCAAACUCUACAGGUCAUCGGGCCCGGUGAGCAAGCACAGGGUGGAGAACCAGGAGUGCUGCAGUGCUGCUGUCUCCAGGCGGAAGGUCAAGGUAAUCAAGAUGCUCAUUCUGGUGGCCCUGCUCUUCAUGCUUUCCUGGCUGCCCCUGUGGACCCUGAUGCUGUUCACAGACUAUACCAAGCUGGAUGACAACCAGAUCAACCUGCUGACAGGCUACAUCUUCCCCUUUGCACACUGGCUCGCCUUCUCCAACAGCAGCGUCAAUCCCAUCAUCUAUGGCUACUUCAAUGAGAACUUCAAGCGGGGCUUCCAGACAGCCUUCAAGUUCCAGAUUUGCUCGGAGGACAUAGGGCACCACAAGGCCUAUUUGGAGAAGGUGACGGGCAGCACCAGUGGCUUCAGCACUCGCAACAAGAUCUUCACAGACAGGGAAUCUUCCGACUCCAUCUGCCUCAAGAACCUGCAUGCCAAAUCCCCCUGCCUCAUGCAGAAUGGACAGGCCCAGAAACAGGGACUUCACUUGCAGGAUAUUGAUAAAAUCACCCCUCUGAACAAAGUCUGCAAAGCAUGGGAUGAUUGAAAUGACUGGCGAGAUCGGAAUGCGGUCUCUUUCCAUUUGCAAAUGUCACUUUUAUUUGUCACGGUGAUGCGUGUGCAGUGAUGAGUAUUUUCCCCUCAGGCCUGGGUACCUAGCUAUUCAUAUUCUGUUUUGUAAAUGCACAAGGAAUCACAUGGGGCUGCUGUUCAAUAUUCCUACUGAUGCACAGAUAUCUGUCAAUCGCUUUCAGUGUCUAGUUGAGGCUAGCUGUCAUAUAAAAUGUCCAUGUAUUAAAACUACAACUGCAUGCAGAGUUUCCUUGGCUUGCAAUCAGCAUGUGGUGUUUUGGGGGUGGAAAAAUGUAUUUCACAGGGUCAGGAUUCAGUUUUGCAUUUGAAAAAAAAAAAAUCUGUGAGGA